AUGUGGCCAUAUGCUAUAAUGGUUUAGAAUACAGAUAAAUUUAACUAUGUAAUAUACGCUAUGUUGCCAAACGUAUUGGGACACCCCUCCAAAUCACUGGAUUCAGGUGUUCCAAUCACCUCCAUGGCCACAGGUGUAUAAAAUCAAGUUCCUAGGCAUGCAGACUGCUUCUACAAACAUUUGUAAAAGAAUGGGUCGCUCUCAGGAGCUCAGUGAAUUCAAGCAUGGUAAUAAGUCCAUCCAUGAAAUUUCUUUGCUACUAAAUAUUCCAUGGUCAACUGUUAGUGAUAUCAUAACAAAGAGGAAGCAACUGGGAACAACAGCAACUCAGUCAUGAAAUGGUAGGCCACGUAAAAUGACAGAGCGGAAUCAGCGCAUGCUGAAAAAGCACAGUACGCAGACGUCGCCAACUGUCUGUA